AUGGGCAAGGAAUAUCUUCGCUUCCAUAUUAAAGUGCGCACUGCACUUCAUAUCGAACCAAUAGAUAUUCAUAGUGAAUUAUGCUCUGUUUCUGGUGAUCAAGCUCCAACUCUCAGAACGGUUGAAAGAUGGUCACAAUCGUUUCGUGAAGGUGAAGAAGAAGUCGAAGACGAACUACGAUCUGGAAGACCUAUAAGUACGACAACAUCUGCUAAUAUUGAAAAAGUUCGAAACCUUAUUUAUGAUGAUUCUUACAGUACAAUAGAUGAACUCUGUGUGCAAACUGGUUUGAGUCAUGGUACCAUCGAACGAAUUAUUUUUGAUCAUCUGAAACUGGAAAUAACUACUGCAUAA